GAAAACUCGACUGUGUCUUGCUGCUCAUUCUCCUUUUCCAUCUCCUCCUAUCACACAAGCACUGUUGCAAAUCGUCAUAAGCACGCAAAUGACGGUGAAGAACAUGACAUAUCCAGACCGCAAUCUCCGCGAUUUCAACCUAAACUUGGGCGGAAUAGGCAGUCUGGUGCCUGGGCAUACAGUAGCAGCCUGGGAAGAAUGGCUUAUGAGCUUGCCCCCCAACGAUCGAUGAGAUGGAUCCAUUCUACCAUCAACAACCCUCUCUCCACUUGAAUAAAGACUACCGCGAUUAUAUAUAUAUAUAUAUAUAUAUAUUACAAUUUGGUUAUCAAUAACUACCAUGUCUUGCACCAUUACAUGCGAAGAAGUGACGGUGGGGGAUAAGGGCGCAAAGCCCCCCCCCUGGGUGUGUAUCGAGGCCAACUGGGAUCCGACAUUCCUGGAUCUCACGGCUUCCCUUGAGCAGAUGAAACUGAACGGUGAAUUAUCGUUCAAGUUGGUCGACACAUGUGCUGGUGUAGCAGAGCUUGUUGAGGCCCUCACCGACUUGCCAGUCAGCCCACCAUCCUUGUAUGUUGACUUGGAAGGGGUGAAUCUCUCGAGACACGGCACUGUGUCCAUUCUGCAGAUUUAUGUCCUCCCCCAAGACCAGUCCUAUCUGGUCGACGUUUAUACUCUUGGGGGAGAAGCCUUCUCAACAAAGGCUCCCAACGGCCGAACCCUUCGGGACAUCUUGGAAUCCCCGACCAUUCCCAAGGUGUUCUUUGAUGUGCGUAACGAUUCGGACGCACUCUACGGCAACUUCGGGGUCAAUUUGGGAGGCGUACAGGACCUCCAGCUCAUGGAACUUGCAACUCGCAGGUUCUCCAGAAGAUAUGUCAGCGGACUGGCAAAAUGCAUCGAGAGAGAUGCUAUCAUGCCAUUCGCGAAGAGACAGCUUUGGAAAGCUGCCAAAGAAAAGGGAUUGGAUUUGUAUGCUCCCCAACGUGGGGGGAGCUUUGAAGUCUUCAAUGCCCGCCCACUCUCCGACGAUCUUGCCUUGUACUGCGUGCAAGAUGUUCGGUCUUUGCCAGAUCUCUGGGAGACAUAUCACCGGAGAAUGACCCCAGCAUGGGCGGCGAUGGUUGAGAAGACGGUCAGGGAUAGGAUCGCCGAGUCACAGUCGGCGAGCUACGAAUCAAAUGGGAGCCAAAAGGCCUUGGCACCUCAAGGGUGGUUCAAGUUGCGGUGAUGGAGGAUCUGUAUAUAGCGUUGGUGUUUUGGAGUUACUGUUUUGGCCUGGUGUCUAUCUGUUGGGUAUUGCACAAAGCAUGCAUAUAUUACAGGAAUGUAGAUAAUAUAAUAAUCUCUUCGGAAUAUCAAAUGAAAGAGAUGCAAAUACUGUC